UGUCAUCUCUGUUUGAAUACAACGAAAAUAUGGAGCAGGAACCUUCAAAGUCUUUCUCUCAGCCUUCUUUCCCAAAGAAUGAAAUGUCUUCAAACGCAAAUGAAAAUAAAGUAACCUCUGAAGUAACGCUAAUGUCCGAUUUAACUACACCAGUAACUAGAGCAGAACAAGUAAACAUUGAUGGCGUAGUUAACGUUAAAAUGUUACAUUCGCAUUUAGCAAUGUUGGCAAAAUUUAAAUCUCUAGAACAACAGGAUAGUGUAAUCGAUGAACGAUAUUUAUUACGUGCUGAGAGAAGAUACUUAUUAUGGUUAAAAUUAUUAAAUAAUGAGUCUUUUAAAGACGAUGAUGAUGUUCCUAUUCCGCCAAUUGAGCAUAUUGAUGAGCGAUCAAAACAAUUUUGGGAAAAGAAUACUAAUCAACCAUGGGUUCUCGAUCCAAAUGAUACCUCAGAUUUUGAAUUAGUUUGCCCUACUGCUAAUGGCGAAUAUAAUAAGGAUAAGGCUAUUUCGGACUCUGAUUAUUUAUUCGAUUUAACGAGUGCUCCUUGGAAGGACCUUCUAGAAAAGAUAAAAGAAA